ACUGCAUCAUACACAUUCUCCCAUGGAGUUCCUCGUGUUGGCAUGUCUGUCGCUUCUUUCUUACGCCACCUUCUGCCUCUUGAAAUCGCUUCUCGACAGGAGAAACCGGUCGUGUUUCAUGCUUCACUACGGCUGCUACAAUGGGAAACAUGAGACAAAGCUCGACAACAAAACGCUUAUGCAGGUGUUGAGCCGGAACAAGGACCUGGAUCUUGAAGAUUACCGGUUUCUUGUCAGGACUAUGGUUAAUUCAGGUCUCGGGGAGGAAACUUACGGCCCAAGAAACUUCGUUGAAAGAGAGGAGCGCCCGACGCUGCACGAUGCACACUCCGAGAUGGACAAGAUAUUGUUCGACUUACUAGACAAUCUCUUCGCGAAGACGGGCAUUUCUCCUUCAGAAAUCGACAUUCUCAUCGUGAAUGUCUCCUUGUUUGCACCAGUCCCGUCCCUGGCUUCUCGGGUUAUAAGCAGGUACAAGAUGAGGGAGGACAUCAAAUCCUACAAUCUCUCGGGAUUAGGCUGUGCAGCGAGUUCUAUAGCGAUAGAUCUUGCCCAACGCAUGUUCAAGAUGUACAAAAACGCGACAGCUAUCGUUUUAAGCACGGAAUCCAUUGGACCAAACAUUUACUACGGCAAAAACAGAUCAAUGAUUCUUCCCAAUUGCUUCUUCCGAGUAGGAGGGAGCUCGUUUCUAUUAACAAACAAUGCCAAGAUGAAGAACAGAGCGAUCAUGAAGCUCAAAAACGUGGUCCGCACCCAUAUUGGAUCAGACGACGAAGCUUACGCAUGUUGCAUGCAGAUGGAAGACGCAGAAGGUCUCCGAGGAGUACAACAAACCAAACACCUGAAAAAUGCGGGGGUUAGGGCACUGAACAAAAACCUUAAAGUCCUGCUUCCAAAGGUAUUGCCCAUGAAGGAACUAUUUCGUUAUGUGAUAGUCCGCUCGUUGGGAAAGAAAACGAAAGGCGAAACACCCGGCGGGCUAGGGCUAAACCUGAAAACCGGGUUAAAGCAUUUUUGCAUACAGCCGACAACUAGGGCAAACAUUGAAGCCAUAGGGAAAAGUUUAGGACUUAACGAAUACGACAUCGAGCCGUCGAGAGUUGCGCUUCACAGGUUCGGAAACACGUCUUCUUGCGGAGUUUGGUACGUUUUCGGGUACAUGGAGGCAAAGAAGAGGCUAAAGAAAGGCGACAAGGUUCUGGUAAUGGGAUUAAGUGCGGGGGUUGAGUCUGUCAAUUCAGUUUGGGAGAUUAUGAAGGAUAUAGACGAGGAAAACGUGUGGAGUGAUUCGGCCGAACAUUAUCCCGAGAUGUUGGUGAGUCCAAAUCUUUUCGAGCUGAACUACGGUUGGAUCAACGACCAAACACUGAGCUUGUCCCAAGCGGUUAAAGCAAUUGAAACUCAAAACACUAUUAAGAUGGGUAAGAUGCUCGAUUGAUGCAGCAAGAGCUCUAUUUAUCUUCUAUACACAUGUACUCCAUCCGAGAUCGUCUACUUACUUAUUUUACCACUAAAUAAAUUUGAUUUACGGUAGACAUUGUGAGGCAUAGUAAUAUAAUAGACCUAAUUAAGGUAUUGUAUAA